GUAAAGGAAUGUGUAUAUUUGGAGGAAGACAGGAGGAAAGGGAAUGCUUUUCAGAUGCAUUUAUCUGAAACACACAGAUUUUAUAGUUUCCUUAAAAAGUACUCGAGCAGCUCUUUUGGCUGAGAAUCCCAUGCACUAACCAAAAAGACUCGUUACUGAUUGUCAUUUGUAAUUUGAGUUGCAGUUUCUCCGCAUCUCAUGUUAAGCAUAUAUUGGGUGUAUAAACAUGUUUCAUGACAUGCUUACAUUUAGGGUCAUUCCAUUAAUAGUUAAUAUGUGUAACUGCAGUACAUGACAACAUCUACUCUGAGUUCAGGGCUUGUACCACUCCAUGAUACUGUUGCUGGGGCAUAAAAGAAAACUGGGUUCUGUUGCUCCUGAUGCUGAGCCCACUGGUUAAGAAAAUUGCUGCAGAGACCUGUACGUGAUUGCAUCGUGGGCAAAGAAUUAUGCAAAAGCUGACUAGCUGUUCUACCCUCCUAAGUAGGAUUUACAGCAUUGAAGCAAAUCUGCUGGAAUUCGUUGAUCUUAUUCUUGUUCCUUAAAGCCUGAAUAUUUUACCAGCUCUGUGUAUGACUGCUGUUAACUACGUUUCUUUUUAGGGUUUCACUGAAGAUCUCUUACAGAGGAAACACUGAUUAUUUUUUUUCUUGAUUUUCCUCAGUCUCUUUGCUUAAGGGUAGGAAAUCUUCAGAAGUUCUUGACAAACACAUAGAUGUAAAGAGAAGAGUUACAUUUCAUCCAAAACAUUUGUCAUUUUUGACUAACAGUCAAAGAAGUUAAAAAAGAUGACUUAAUACCACUAUUUCUUUUUAGCCUGACUGGCAUUUAGGCCCAGAAUCAGUGGGAGAUUUAAUGAUUUUUUUGUUUUGUUUGUUUAGAUUUGCAAAAUAGCUGUGAUUUAUUCAAACUUUUUAAAAUACCCUUUGCUCCCCAGUACUCCUGUUGGAAAUGGGCUAUUGAUUAGUUUUUCUGUUGAGUGGAUAGCCUUCAGCAUCUGCAUGCCUGAUGUCCUUAGAGGGUCAGAAUAAAAUUUGUACUUUUAUAUUUUUAAAAUAUUUUUCUUUCUCCAUUUGCAUCUUAGUUAUCAAUUAGAAACAGGUUUAUUGUGCUUUUGUAAUUAGUAGUCUGCAAACAACACUGAUAAGGAUUAACAAUUUCUACUGGCUACCAACAAGUAUUCAGUAGAUGCACAAGAGAAUUGCCCAUAGCACCUCUGUAUAAGUGAUGUUUUCACUAAAACGGUCACUUGAGAAAGCGAAGAACCACCUCUGUUGAAGGAUGUGCACUUGUAUCAGUUUCUAAUCUUUAACUAUAUCUGCCCUACGUUCUCCGCUGUGGACAUGCAGCUAUGAGACUAGCAAAAGCACUAAGGCCCAUUUCCUGGUGCCAAGUCAGUCUUGUCACUGACUUGGACCUGUUCUUAUUCCUAAUGUGGCAAGCAAAAUUACUUUCUUGCUUCUUAGCUUAGAGAGAUGAAUAUAUAUAUACCUUUAAUGGGAAGACUUGGUCUUCAGCUGGCUUUUAUGAAUAGUACUCCUGCCAGUUCAGGAGUAAUAGGUUUAAUUCCUGAGAAGUAAAUUUGUUUUAGAAGGCAGGUGUUGGUUUUUUUUGUUUUUUUUUUUUUUUUUGGAUGUGGAAGGGUCUAUAUGGAAUAAUCUGGAAAACAAAACAAACAAAAAAGACAGACUGUUGGGAAUUGUAGACUGUUACUAUAGAAUACGCAUAUCAGGGUGAGAAGGUGAUUUGUGUUAAGUAGUGGACUUAGGUAAUCGCAGCUACUUCAAACUUGCACACACAGGAAAGUUCUAAAUAAGUAAUGUAUCUAGAGAUGAAGUAAAGCAUAUUUAAAGUGCCAUAGUUAUAUUGGCAUGAUUUCCUUCUUGGUCAGUCUUAGGCACAGACAAGGCUAAUUUAGUUUGUGGUAUCUUGGAAGUUUAAGCUAAGAGAGUCCAGGGAAGAACUGACGCCAGUGUAACUAGAUGUAAAAUUGUGGUCACUUAAAUAGCAAAACCUUUCUGUGUAGGUAAAUAUUUUUAUACUGUUUGACUCAUAGCAGAGUAUAAGCAAGUAAGGGAAGAAAGAAGAGAUGCAUAGCCAUGAGAAGCUUUUUUUGUAUCAGAAAUCCAUCUCAAGGAAAUGUCAUUACAUGUGCAAGUAAACCAGGGAAAAGUCUUUGCAAGAAGUAAAUAGUUCCAAAAGAGGAUCCGCCAUAGAGGAGACUACAGCAAAGACCAGUGUAUCUUAGCAUGGUUUGUUGUUCAUCAGGAAGCUGAAUAGCAAACUUGGACUUCUCUUGCUUUUGGUGCACUGGUGUGUGUUUCCCUUUUGAGUAAAUCACUUUAAAAUAUCUAGAAAAGCCUUUAUUUAAGAGUAAAGCAAGCUACUGUGAGAGAAAUCCAGUACAGGCUUUGGCUGUAGGUUAUAAACUCAAUUAGUACGUGUCAGAUAAAGGUUGAAUGCAUCCGUUCCUUUCCAGUUCUAAAGGGUUAAAAUAGGUGAGCAUCAUUUUGGGAGUUUUGAAGUGGCAUCAACAACCUCUCAGCUCCUGGCUAAGGAGUAGAGUUCUUUAAGUGCUGGUGGAUUUUCUGUUAUUGUUUGUAGUACAUCCUUUCCUCGUGGUUUCACUGGAGUAAGUGGUUCUAAAAUUCCAACACGUUCUCAUCUUUGCUUUUCAUUUUUCUCCUUUUUACCGAUGCUGCCUGAGAGUUACAGAAUGCUGUAGCAUCUAAGCUAUUUCCAUCUUUUGUUGACCUGAUCAUCUGCCUCCUGAGCUAUGAGGAUCAUAGGAUAUAGGAGAUUUGCUUCUAAUUAACUGAGUGUAAUUCUUGGCCAAAUCCACUGUGUCCAGAAUGCACUGUGGUACAAAUCCACUCAAGAAACUGCUUCCUCCUACCACUCACUCAGUCCUCCUGUAAAAGAUCCAGCUGUAGUGGAAUUUCAUUGCAUUUGAUGAGUGACUAAAGAUGAGGCAACACAAAACUGUCAUGUGAAGUGAGUAAUGGGCAAUAAGUGGGAAAAGAAAAAAAAAAAAAAGAGGCUUUUCAUCAAGCCAAUGGAUUUGCCAAUGGAUUUGUAUCAGCCUGUUUCUUGUUAUUAUGCUGAACGUGUCUUUGGAGAUGCUUCUCAGCGGGUUUGGCCAGAAGUGAGCUCAUUUCUUAAGGUGACCUUUGUGGUUUAUGCUGCAGAGCACUAAGAGUUAAUCCCUUCAUAAUCAGAAUAUAAAUGUAGGAAAUGUCCAUUAGACUGAGCUGAGGAGCAGCACAGGGAACAUGUUUAAAAAAUAAAUAAAUAAAUCCAAAAUUGAACUGAUUCAUAUUGAGCAAUAGCCUUCUUAGGUUUAAUAAUGUUUAAAACUUUUGUUAUAACCUCUAGCCCUAAUUUAUAUGAAGGAGCAGUAAGCUGAAAACACUGGAAAAAAUCAGAUUAUUCAUAGCAAUGCAAUAGUGAUCAAUCCUCUAGAAAUCGCCCUAGCCAAUCAAACAAAAAUCAUGUUGCAGUCCAAGGUCAAGAAGACACUUGAUGGAAAAGAUCUCUGGAGGCAAUACCCUUAAUGACAAGAUGCAGAGCUGAAAAGUGGGAAUGCAUCCUAGAGAGGGCUGUGCCACUUUUUUUUUUUUUUCUUUUUUUCCUAGGGAAAUCUGGAAGCUUCUUAAAAUAAUUUGCUGGGACCCAUUUACCUGUGUUCAAGCCUGAGGAAAGUCUGACCUCAGGAAGCUGCAAGCAGCUAAUCAAGGAGGCAGCAGAGGGGGGAUAAAGUCCAGAUUCCUUCCAACAAGUAUAAUCUCUAGCAAAUGUGCAUGUACAAGCCGUUUCCUUUUUCAGUUUCGCUGCUGGAGCUGUUGCAGUAGGAAGCCCCAGAUCGCUGCUGCUGCUACAGCCUUUGUGCUUAAGGGAGGGAAGAGUCAGCUGUGGAAAGAAGGAAUUCCAGGAGAAGAGAGAGCAGCUGGGCAGACAGCGGUGGAGAGGCGGAGGCUGGCACUCGGGAGAAAUGCAUACCCACAGCAAAACGAGAGGCUGGGACAGCGAGGGAAAGGGAGGGGACAGCUGAGGUGCGGGAGCAAGCUGAGGGCUGUGCCCUACCCGUCUGUGCUUGCCUCCUGCUGUUUUUAAAGGUGAUAGAGAAAUUCUGGGGCAUGUUCUCUUCCCUUAUUUCUCUCCCUUCUUUUUCCCUUUCUGAGGAGAAGAGUCAAGCAGAAGAGAUGGGGAGAGGAAGAUGAAAGUGAAAUUAUAAGAUGCUCUUGGGAACUUUGAUUUAAUCCGUUCCAUCCCUUUCCCUACGUAGAAAUGAAAGAGGCAUCCCACUACCUCCGAUGUGGAGCAGCUAGUGCCCUGCACCUGGGGAAACCAAGCUGGAGAGUGAGAAGAGGAGGCAGCAGCUGAGCCCAGCAGCAAAAUGAGACUGUGAAGCUUGAAAAAGCUUCUGCCCACUUUGAACAGGAAGGAUGAAGAUCCCCAAAGUCCUCACGUUCUUCGUAGAGCUCUUGAGUCUGUUAUCCUGUCUCAGAAGCAGGGAGUGGGCAGAGCUGUGAUUGGAUUUGAAGAAGAGCAAUAGGGAGAACAGGGAAGAGGCUGGUUACCAAGGCUCUCCUGGGAUCCCAGCCCAGCCAAAACCAUUUGCAGAGUGCAGUGUCUAGCAUGUGUGGCAUCGGACCUCUCGGAUAUUACAAUGGCUCGCUGGCAGUCACUGAGGCUGGGGCAGAGUGCCUGAACUGGGCAGAUUUCCCUGAUUACGUGCAGCAGUACCCAGACCGUGGCUUAGGGGACCACAACCACUGCAGGAACCCAGAAGGGGGAACUACACCCUGGUGCUUCUACCGGCUUGUGUCAGGGACUAUUGGCUGGGCUAACUGCGACUGUAACCAAGGUGCUGUGCGGUUGGCUGAAGAUAGUAGUGUGGAGCUCUACUUUGGUGGACACUGGGGCACCAUCUGUGCUGACCACUGGACUGACUGGGAUGCCAGUGUUGUCUGCAGGCAACUAGGUCUCAGUGAGAUUGGCACAGCUGGAAAGAAGAGUCAUCCCGGACUGUGGCCUAUUCCCCUGCACCUGCAGUCAGCAAACUGCCAUGGGGAUGAGAAAGCCCUGCUGCAAUGUGGCUAUCAGGAAGCUGUGUCAGGAACUUGUAACCAGGGAAGCGCCGUGGUAAUGUGCAUCCCUCCAGAAGGUGUAAGUGUCCCUUUGCGUUUAGUUGGAGGAAAGGAGAGCUUUGAAGGGCGAGUGGAGGUUUACCAUGAUGGCAAGUGGGGUACCAUCUGUGAUGACCAGUGGGAUGACCGGGAUGCUGAAGUGGUUUGUAGGCAGUUGGGACUCAGUGGGAACCCAAAAGCCUUGUCAUGGGCUCACUAUGGGCAGGGAUCUGGCCCAAUCCUGCUGGACGAAGUGGAGUGCUCAGGCAAUGAACUCUCACUUGACCAGUGCAAGAAAAGUGACUGGGGACAACAAAAUUGUGACCACAUUGAAGAUGCUGGGGUCUCCUGUGACCCUUUCACAGAGGGCACUGUCAGACUGGCUGGUGGUCACAGCUCCAGCGAAGGCAGGGUAGAAGUUUAUUACAAUGGAGACUGGGGCACAGUAUGUGAUGAUGGCUGGACAGACCUUGGUGCCCAGGUGGUCUGCAGGCAGCUGGGCUUCAGCGGUCCUGCUACCCUGGCCUCUGAAGGGGACUAUGCUGCUGGCCAAGGCUUGAUCUUGCUGGAUGAUGUGGCUUGUGUGGGGACAGAGCUCUCCCUCCUGGACUGUCCACAUAGCAACUGGGGACAGCAUGACUGCUCACACGCUGAGGAUGUGGGGGUCCGCUGCUCCCCUGAGAGCAACACAGUCACUGAUGGCAGCCUGGGGCCUCCCGUGCGGCUAGUGGAUGGAGAAAGCACCAAGGAGGGACGGGUUGAAGUAUUCGUGAAUGGGCAGUGGGGCAGCGUCUGUGAUGAUGGCUGGACAGACAGAGAUGCUGCAGUAGUUUGCAGGCAACUUGGUUUCAGUGGUACAGCAAAAGCCAGGGCAAUGGCUUAUUUUGGUGAAGGCCAAGGGCCCAUCCAUCUGAACAAUGUAGAAUGUAGCGGCGUGGAGCACACCCUGGGGCAGUGUGUCAGGCCUGACACUGGGAUUCAGGGCUGCUGGCACAGUGAAGAUGCUGGUGUGAUCUGUGACUAUGUGGAAGAGAAGGUCCAAGAUAUCAGGAGAACAGGUCCAGAGUCUGGUGUGUGUGGCAUGCGCCUGCUUCACCGUCGCAAGAAAAGAAUCAUAGGUGGAAACAAGGCUCUCAGAGGUGGUUGGCCAUGGCAGGUCUCACUACGGCUGAAGGGUUUUCAUAGAGAUACCCGACUGCUGUGUGGAGCAACACUGAUCAGCAGCUGCUGGGUAGUGACUGCAGCCCACUGCUUUAAAAGGUUUGGUAUUGAUGUACGACGCUACCUGCUGCGGGUAGGCGAUUACCACACAGGUGUGAAGGAUGAGUUUGAGAGGGAGCUGCCUGUGGAGAGGAUUGUCCUCCACAGGAACUACUGGGCUGGCAGCAAUGAUAAUGACAUUGCCCUGGUCCGAAUGCGGGGCAGAGAAGGUCACUGUCUCUCCUUCAAUCACCACGUUCUGCCUGUCUGCCUUCCUGAUAGGAGAGAGAAGUCUGACAUCAACAGGCAAGCCUGCAUCAUCUCCGGCUGGGGAGACACAGGGAAGUCCUAUUCGAGAACACUACUUCAGGGGGUGGUGCCUCUUCUCCCCCGGGAAGAUUGUGAGGCCCGCUAUGGACAGAAGUUCACUAACCGCAUGAUUUGUGCUGGGAACCUCUCUGAAGAUAAACGGGUGGACAGCUGCCAGGGUGACAGUGGAGGCCCACUCAUGUGUCAGAGGUCAAAUGGACGUUGGAUCAUUUUGGGAAUCACUUCCUGGGGUUAUGGCUGUGGUCGAAAGGAUUCCCCUGGAGUGUACACAAAGGUCAGCAAAUACGUACCCUGGAUCAAGAAAGUCACCAAGCUAAAAUGAAAAUAUCUGAGCCAUAGGAACUUCAACGUACCAUCCUUUUGCCCUGCAGCAGCUGAAGGCUGUGGCUUCUGGCCUGUGACUGGUGGAGGUUUAUGUUGUCAUUUGGACACUGGGAAAAGACUAAUAUAGAACUGGGAGAAAACCAGUUAUGGCUGAUUGUUUCUUUGGUUUCGUUUUAGUCCCUAAUAUCUGAUCAGAGAAAGCAGGUGUACACUGGUAGGACAGAUAAGUCUGGGUUGCUCUGACCAUCUAAGUCCUGUAAGGCAGUCACAGUUAUUCCUUUGCCCUGGCACACAGAAAAGGUAGAACUGGAGAUGCCUGUAUCUGUAAAUCUAUUACCCAGUUUUUGUAUGUUUGAUAUUUGAAAAACACCGAAAGGAGCGGUGAGAUGCUUGGAGAUGGCAACAGGCUCUGGCAUAGCAGAAAUCUUCAGAUAUUUUUUCAUAACGUGUCUCUCUUCAGCUUCAGGAAUCAGAAGAUUUGACCUGAGCUGAUCAACAGGCUAACAGUUCGGUUCUUUUUCCUUCCUUGUUAGAUCUCUAGGGGGAACCUUUUCACUUCUGAGUAGUAGAUCCUCUGCAACAUGAUCCCUUUAGUGUCUGUCCCUCCUAAGAGGUGCUUAUACCUCCAGCUGUAAUCCUGUGCCACACGUUUCUGGUUGUCAGCCGCUAUGGUUUUGUUGCUGCUUUCUCAAUGUAGUGAUUCUUUGGUGUUUGUUUUAUUUUUUUCCAUAAAGUAGCAUCUCCUGGAAUCAGUUGUUUGUGUGAGAGUAAAUCUUCGUUUUUAAGAGACAACAGCUUUCUUGCCCUCAUGAUUACUAUGAGUAAUUUAAAAAUGUGACCCCAAAAAGGCUGAAUAGACAUGUAACUUUUCUUUAAAUCCAAAUGUAAUGUUAAUCUCAAACAGGUGUUGAGACAAUUUAACAGCAUGGCAGGGACUUUCUCUUGGUACCUUAUUCAUCAUAGUUAUUAACUGCACUUUAUUUGUGGUCUUAAUCUUUAACAUCUCUGUGUUCGCAGUUCUUCCAUGAAACAUGGAAGUAUUCUGGGGUAUAGAUACAGAACAAACACAAGGAGUGAGUAAUUUGCUUGAGGUGUAAACCAGUAAGUGUGCUGCAAAGCAGCUUCCUGCUUUUCUGAAGUGUGUGCUAUUCUUGUAACCUUUGGACUAUGCUUCCUCUCUUCUCUCUGCACUAUUCCUCUUUUCAUUCCUCUCAGUGGAAGUAAACUGGCUUACGAGUAUGAGAGCAAUGCCAUCAAGCUAUAGUUUAGGCUCAGACCUUUCAGCCCGAACAGAAAAAAUCCUGAGAGAAAGCAGGGGUUGUUGAAUACUUCAAUUUCUUCCUUCCCUCUUAUCAAAACAAGUUAAUAGUUUCCUACUCUUAGGCCUUCCCUACUUUUGAAAGCUAAUUUAUUGUUCUCGAGUGCAGAGAAAAAUAUACAAAUAGAGGGGCUUUCUGUGUUAACAGUUGUGCAAUGCACAACAGUGUGUUCUAGCUGUGUAGCCAAGCCAGAGAGAAGUAUGUUUAGGAGCAGCUUUGCUGCAUAACUGAUGAUCCAAACAUGGACUAAUAAAAUGGUAUGGAGCAUGUGGAACUUGUGCCAAAUGUGCAUGUUUUGGGUUCACUCAUGCACCAUGGUGUAGGCACUGACUGGGUCAGACAUUGGGCUGCUGUCUGGGAGGUGUGUACUCCAGGCACUGACAUGUUCGAUACCUAGGGAUUAGCAGGGCGAGAAUGGAAGGCAGAGUACGGCCUGUGGAUUAGCCAUGUCAUCUCAUAGGACAAGUGGUGACAGCAUCCUAGAAAUUGUCUUGGAUUCAACUAGCAGUGAUUGCCUGAAGUUUUAAUCUGUUAUCUAUAAAGCAGCUUAAUCUAAAGGUGCUGACCUGGCGAGGUGUCUGGUUUUUGUGUGUGAACGUUAAAGCAAGCAGUUGCAUUUACUCUCUCCAGUGGAUUACAAGACAGUUGGGUUACAACUGCUGCAAUGGGCUGUUUAAAUAUCCUGCUUGGAAACUUUAUUUUAAGAAAGAAUUGUAGGAAUGUCUAAAACAUGCAGUGUAAGAACACCUACAAAUUGGCACUUGAGACUGAUCUGAUCUGUUAGUGCCUCUUCUCGUGGGGCUGAACGUCUGCAGUCUGCUUGUGCUGAUAACCCUAUGUGAAGAGCCAGGCUUGGUCCUUCAGCAGUGCUGUGCUUGGCUCCAUGCUGGCUAGGUUGUCCUACACCUACUGGCAGAGAGUCCCUAAGAUACAAACUGAAGAGCGUUCCUUAUCACCCAGGAAUUAAAACGGCAGGAGGACCGAGGACAAUUAGGUUACAGACCUCUUGUCUUGCAGGGGGUUAUAUCCCACAUUCCACACUGGCAGUAGCAGUACCUGUAUGGGAAAUAGAGAGGGAUUUGGCAUUAACUUUCAGCCUCCCAAGCCAGAAUGCUGCAGGUGCCUUUAGUGUUGUCCCACCUCUAGUUUAACCUAGUUUGAUCUUCCAGCUCAUACCUAUAACCCGAAGAGGCAUAGAAAUAUAGAAAGGAUAGAAACUGUAAGGUUAUUUCCUUAAGCCUACUGGCUGCCGUUCAGGAGUUAUUAAAAAUUACUGUGUAACGCGUAUGAGAUGCAGGCCUGGCAGUGGAUUCUGAGAUUCCCAUGUUCCAGCUCAAAAUAUUUCUUUUGGAUUUUGUCACCGUGAAAGCUGUGAGAAUCAUUGUAGCUAACAUUCUGUGAGUCCUGCAGGAGCCAGGCGAGGGAAGGAAGUAUCUUAUCUCCAUCUAAUUUUACACCUUACUUGUAAUGUAUGCAAACCUGCAAAUACUCUCCUCAGUUGUCCUAACCUGUUUCAGAACACCACUAUUGCUCUUUGUGGCCCAAGCCAAACUCAUGUGCUUUGCCAAUGGGCUUACUGGAAUUGUCUGGUUAGAUGAGCAGCACACAGCCACUUUACCUUGUAUUUUUUACCUAAUGUUGCCCAGCAGCAGACAUUUCAAAGGAUAGUGUGUGUGCGUUUGUAUUGAGGAAGUUUUAACAGCCUUCUCUUUUGGGAAAUUUUGUUCCUGGCCCAUUUAAGUUAAUUACUUGUAUUGCUAUCAUGAUUAAAAUAAAAGUACGAGUACUCAGACUUCUAGGUAUUGCACAAACACUGUGCACUAUUUUUUUUUUUUAAUUUAACUUUAACUUUCCUACAUGUCAGAAUUCAUCUCCCUAACUUUUGAAAAACUGUUUAACCUAACCAAACUUCAUCUUCCAUAUAAAUGUUUAAUCUCUUACUUAAUCCAUCUAAGCCUCAAUAUUUUCUGGCAAUGAGAACCAGUAUCAUCUUGUACUCUGUAGCACAUUGUUUCUUUUUAUAGUUUCAGAAUGAAUUACCUUUUGUUUUCAUUGAAUCCUGUCUAUCCUUGUGUUCUCAGCUGUAAGAGGAAAUAAGGGGCCUUGCUUUAUAUUGUCAUCCUUUAUGGAUAGUUCCCUUCCUAGAACUGUGGCUUCUCUGUCUCUCUUCAACUCAAACCAUCCAGCUAUCUGAUAAGACGCUAACUGUCUCUCCAUGUAUUCUCUUUCUGCUGGUGUUUAACCUUUGGUAGCCAGAACUGAAUGCAGUUUGAGAAAAUAAUCUAUUGAUUAUUUUCAGUACUAUUUUCUAUAGCAGGCAAUGCUGUAAGUGAUUUCAGCACUGUAUGUAUAUUACGUAUGUAUACUGGAGCUAGCUUUAAACUUGCUGGUGUAGUUUUGGUGGCUGCUACAAUGGGGAGAAAACCAGCCUAGGUCAAUUUACCCUGUGUCUCUGGCAGGUGAGGCAGCACCUCUAAGCUCAGAGCAGUUGCCGUAGGUAUGUCUGUGGAGCAUAACGCAGCUGUGGGCAGAGAAUACCUGAUGUCUGUGUGGAGUGUUGCUCUGGCUGACAUACCUGUAGGACUGAGGCAGUCUGUCUUGGCAGCGUUAGUCAAUUGGAUGAGGCUGAUGCCCUUACAGCACUUCUAGGAGCUGACAGCUCAUUUACUCUUGCUGGCAACUGUGCUGUGCCACGGGAACACUUUGUGAGACAAGUUCCUGUAGCAGUGUGGUACACGCUGGUUGUGUGAGAAAGACACAGGUGACUAGGUGGUGUCUACGUUAAGUGUUUAAAGAACAACUAUUAAUGCUCCAGUUACCCCUCUUCCUAAGAGAAUGCCCUGAUGCUCUGCAAAGGCUGACGUAGUGCUGGUGUCAUCCUGACCCAUAGUGCCUGCCUGGGUACCCUCAUCUGCCUGGGUACCCUCAUCUGCCCUGUCUUGACACCAACCCAGGCUUUGGCCAGCUGAAGCUGAGUUAAAGUUUUAACCUAUUCCUGCAGUUGAAUGCUGUUCAGAGGAUUUCUAGGAGUUGUUCUAUGCUAUAAUUAAUCAGGCGGCUGUUUAUGAACCUGGAUGGGAUGUCAAUUACUCUUGUAAUCCUUGUACCUUUAUAGCAGAGAAUAGUAGAUCAGUCCCUCAAAGCUAUUAGUGGAGUGAUUGAUUAGGAGACAGGAACAUGGAUAUUUGCGUUCUCUGGGGGUAGGAGAACUAGGCUUGCUUUUUUGUCUAUCUGCCUUCCUUUCUGAAACCAAUAUCCUGAAGCUGUGAUGAUCCAUCAUCCACUUGAAGAUAACUUUUUGUGUGUAUAUGGAAAGCUUUUGGCAGAUGAACUGUAUUUAAAUGACAUGAUAUUGAUAGAUUUGCUGGGAGUUUCUUGCACCUAGAGAAUGUGGACACAGGAACAGAAGAGCCCUUGGUGGUUACCAGCUGGGGACAGCUCUCUGUGGAAUGAGGCAUUGUGACUUGGACCAAUGUCUUGGGCUUUAUUUUUAAUUAUUCAAGAAAAUGUUUAAUUCCCUACAUCAAGGAGGAACACUCAGCCCACACAGUCCUAUUAAAUCCCCUUUCUACUAACUGGGGGCUGAGUACCUCUAAAAUCAGGUUGUUGCCAAAACUGUUGUGUCCCUUGGAUCAACACCAAUGGCUCACAAGAUAUGUUAAUAAAUGGAUUAUACCGUGACCGUGUGGAGCUCUGUCUUAUUUUUAAUAAAGGAACCUGUUCCAAGGG